AUGAAGCUCUCGGCUAUUAUUGCAGUGGUCGCCGCCUCGGUUGCGCUUGCGUCACCCGCAGCGGUCAGUCUUGAGCGAUCCGUCAAGGAGGUUCGGAGCGCGGAUGGUACUAUUGCCUCAGUCUCUUGCGUCGAGUGCCCAUGCGAUGGCUUUAUUGGAAUAUGCAAAUGCAUUCCCAACGGAUGCUGCUGCAUUACUUGA